UUCCUGUUACACAUAGGAUGGAUAGAGAAGAUAAAGAAAUGAUGGAUAUCUAUGCUAAUGUAGAUCCUCAAGACAGGACAGAAACAGAAAACUCAUACACCAGAAGACACCAAACACCUCAACACACAGAAAGUGACUGUGUGAGGACGAGAAGCUCCAGAGCAUUUACAGUGUGUUUGGCGAUGCUGUGUGUUCUUCUGCUGACUGCAGUCAUAGUGCUGGGAGUCAAAUUCAAUAAAAACUACACAGAAGAGACACACCAGCAACUAAACAAAGAAGAGAGAGCUUGCUUACCAAAUAAUUGUGACCUGAUUAAACAAAGAGAGAACAUGGAUGGAUGGGUGUGCUAUCAAUCCAGUCUUUACUUCAUCUCUUUUGAGAUGAAGAACUGGGAUGAGAGCAGAACAUACUGUAAGAACAAAGGAGCAGAUCUGAUCAUCAUUAACAAUAGUGAGGAACAAGACUUUAUUAAAAGGGUUCCUGGUGAUACAGGAGUCUGGAUUGGUCUGAGUGACAGAGAUGUAGAGGACACAUGGAAAUGGGUUGAUGGCAGCAAAAUGACUCCUAUGUUAUGGAGGUCUCGAGAGCCCAAUGGAAAUACAAACGAGAACUGUGUUUUGGCUUUUGCAUCAGGGUGGAUUGAUCAUGGGUGUCAUAAAACAUUUAAAUGGAUCUGUGAGAAGAAUAUUUAAUGUGAGUUAUUAAAUGAGAUGCAAGUUUAUGUAAUAUAAUACAUAGAGGAACAAUUAUGUUUGUUAAAUACGUGAAACAACGAUCAACUGCAAAUGUUUGUGUGUGUAAACGGUGUAUUCUUCUACAAGAAAAAAAAGGUUUUGAAAACAAUUUCACUCUGAAAUUGCUAGUAAAUUUCACAAACAAUGAAGAAAUGGCAACACAUUGAGUUAAAUGUGAAAUCUCGAAGUAGAAAAACUUUUUUCUUUUAAUAAUGUAAUCCAAUAAUCUGUUUUAUUUUUCUUUAUUUUUUUGUAACUUUGAAAAAAUACCUUCAUUAUUA